AUGGGAUAUAAGAUAUAUUCUAACUCUGACUUAGUUCAAACAGUAACAUGGGCAAACUAUGAAUGGUUCGCUUUGAGAAACUCAGUACAACCACAAGCUAGAGAACAAACAGACCAGUAUGCAAAUAUUGAGAAAAUAAGAAGACUUGACCCUAACGUUCCAGGAGUUUAUGUUAACCUUUCUGGUUCAGAUGGAACUGCUGCCACUAAAGUAAAACUGAAACUUAGAGUUCCUUUGUCAUCUUUCCUCAUCUUCAGGUUUUUAAGAUACUUGCCAAACUGGGCAGGAAAAAUUUCUAUCGAACUUACUCCAAGCAAAAAUAACUUAGUCAUUGCACCAACACAAGACCCAUUCACUAUUACAGACGUAAAGGGAACAAAUCAAACAUCAUUCGCCGAAUUUUGCAAAGACAAAGUUGACUUAGACUUUGGUUUCUCAAACUUCAACAAUGAAGUAAACUAUUAUUUCAAUGCUGCUGGAAAUGCUUGGGACCCAGUUAAGUUCACAUGCGAAAAGUUUGAAUGCAAGAGAAUAGAAAGCAGACUUGCAGUCUAUAUGUUGGACCCAGAUAUUUCAAAUGCUUUAGCUGCCAAAUAUAUUGCAGUUCCACUUAUGUUCCCUAUACACCAAAUAUCUGUCAAAGACUUUGCAGGUGAAGUUGGAAACCAAAGUGCUGACCCAGGUGCAAGAACAGAUAUUGCUUUAACAACUGCAAUGAAACAUGCAGAUACUAU